UGGCGGCGGGACGGUCGGGUGACGGCCCUGCAGCGGUUGGGCUGCGCCGGGCUGGCGGGAGCGCUGAGCCUCAGCCUGACGGCGCCGCUGGAGCUGCUGACGGUGCUGGCGCAGGUGGGCAGCGGGCACUGCCGGCGGGGGCUGCGCGGCGCCGGGAGGAGCCUCUGCCGCGCCGAGGGCCUGCGGGCCCUCUGGAAGGGCAACCUCACCGCCUGCCUGCGCCUCUUCCCCUACAGCGCCCUGCAGCUCGCCGCCUCCCGCCGGCUUGUUAUACUUUUCACGGAUGAGUUGGGUCAUAUUUCCCACUGGAGAGCCAUCAUGGCAGGAAGUCUGGCUGGCAUGGUUGCAACCAUCGUGACUUACCCCACUGACGUAAUUAAAACACGGCUCAUUGUGCAGAACCGACUGGAACCAUCUUACGAAGGAAUUCUUCAUGCUUUUUACAAAAUUUACCAUCAAGAAGGACUCCUUGCACUCUACCGUGGCGUUUCACCAGCUAUAUUAGGUGCUGUCCCAUUUUCUGCGGGCUCAUUCUUUGUUUACAUCAACCUGGACAAAAUCUGGCGAGAACCCAUAGUUCAUUUCACUCCCCUUCAGAACUUCAUCAAUGGCUGUGUCGCAGCUGCUGUGGCACAGACGCUUUCCUUCCCCUUUGAAACUGUCAAGAGGAAGAUGCAGGCCCAGAGUCCCUGGCUUCCCCACUACGGAGCAGUUGAUGUCCGUUUUACUGGCAUGGCGGACUGUUUCCGGCAAACUGUGAAGAGCAAAGGUGUCCUCGGGCUUUGGAGUGGACUCACACCCAGUCUGCUCAAGAUUGUCCCAUACUUCGGUGUUAUGUUUACCACCUUUGAAUUCUGCAAGCGGGUCUGUCUGUACAGAAACGGUUAUAUUGAAUCUCCUUUAAAUUACAAGCUAACUCCUGGGGUGGACCAGAGUUUACAGCCACAAGAACUGAGAGAAUUAAAGCUCCUCCGAAGGGAAAAUUUUGAGCCAAGGAAAUCGACUCUUGAAAAUUGACAUCAGUGACCUUUGCAGAUAUACACAAUACCUUUCAUAAGGAACUUUGCAAGAAAAAUGUGCUGAACUUACAGGUACCAGCGUCUCAGUGCAUUGCAUGGGUUUAGUAGUGAGAGACACCAGUGCCAGGAAUGAAUAAAUGUUGUAUCUCAUUUGCUGAAUGGGUAUAAACAGUAUGAAUAGCAAGCAGAUACUGAAGAGGAGAGAUGCAACUAGUUUGAAAACGCUAUGCUAUUAGAACUUGAAAUUACAUUAUUCUAGGUGCUUUUCAAUACAGAAUAGCCAUUUUGAGAUAAAACCACUUGCAAAAGGGCAAGAGAACUGAGACGAGAGUAUAAACCGUGUCUUCAAAAAUAUUAGGAAAAUUCAGAUGGAUUUUUUGUAAGUAAUUUAAGAUACUGAGUCAGCCAAAAAUGAUAAACAGACUAGAAUACAUACGACAUGCAAGAAAUUCUACUGAAAUACCUUUUAUUUAGUGAUACUGUGUGGACAUGGUAUUCUGUGGAUGCAGAAUUAGUCUCAGUUCAGUCACACUCCAGAAUCCACUCUUCAGUUUUUGAGACUUACUUGAGAAUAAUAAUUUUGUAUGAAUCUUUGGCGUAAAGAUGAAAAUAUGCUGCUGCAACCGUGCUUUUGCCAAGGGAGAAUUAUAACGUGCAAUUUGAAUGGUAGUACACUGGAAUGAAAAUCUUGCAAACUUAGGUGCAUACUAGAAAAUCUUCCCCCCACUUUCUCCUCUGUUGUUACUGUGUGUACGUGAACUAUUUCAGGCCUUGAAAAAUAGUUUUUCUGAAGUUCUUUAACUGACAUACUACCUGAAAAACGCAGUUCUUAAAUGUGUUAGAUAUUUCAGAGCCACGAGCCUUGUCGUGUUGUUUUGGUAUUCUUGAAGCUCUAUUUUUAUAUUAAACUACUUUUUAGUUCCUGUGCACAGACCCAGGCCUACUGUGCACUGUCCGGCUCAGAACUUACCAGCAGAAUAGCACUGUGCACACAACCGGUGAUUUUUCCACUUUAACUGCUGUAUUCCAGGAGCCACAGGUAGUUUCUGUAGAUAGGAACCUCUCUGCAAGACCCCUAGGUUAUUGCCAAUGCAAUUGACAGGUCUCUGACAGUCCAGGGAGCUUUUGGGCAUUAAAAGAUGGUUUUGGUGUUACGCCUUAGGACCUGUGUUGUUCUCAGGUUCCUUUGCAGAAGCACAGCUAUGGGACAGCCCCAUCCCAGUGCCUUCUGGUAGCAAACCUUAAACCCUGUGUCCUGGUGGGAAGGGGGCUCUGCCCUCCGUGGCGUGUCCCAUCAGGCUGUGGCCAUGUGGGAAUGGCAGCAGCAGCCCCGGCUCAGCAUGGGAUUUGCCUCCUGGUUUACACAGCUUUUUGUGUGUGUUUUUCGUACCAUUUAUGUCCCUGCUGAGUUGGAAGUAAGUAAAUCUCAGAAGCUGCUUGGUUAGGCCAGGUCAGGGUGGGAUGAGGGAAUGGCAGAUCAAUGCAGGAACAGUCUGUGACUAUGGAGAGAGAUUUGCAGAAUGAUUAGGGAUAAUUAUGAGGCCUUCCUUGCGCCUGUAACUCAACAGGGAUGUGCUCUGCAGCUGGGGUCUUGCAGUGUCUCUCUUAAUGGACUUGCUCAGUUCUGCUGCAAUGGGGCUUCACAUUGGUUUUCUUCUCAGAGGAUAAAUGCAAGCAUUGACAGCAGAAAUUAAGAUGGUAAAGAACAGAUCUGGUGGGUUGUGCAUCACACUGAGGCUGUAAGUGCUUUUGGCUUUCUAAUCGACCUGCCUAGUGAAAGUGUUUCUCUGUGCCUCAGUUUCCCCGUCUGCACGGCACAGGUGAUAACACUGAGACUCGUUUGAGAGGUACAAAUAAGGAGAUGUGUCUUCUGAGCACGUUGGGGAGAAAAACUGAUUUCUAAAGAGUGCCCUUGCCUUGUCCAAGCAUACCAUGUAUGUUUUUUCCUGAUGUUAUAUUUCUAAAUAGAUUUUAAGAUUGUGUGAUGGGUGCAUGUGAAUGUCUGAUCAGCUCUUCAAACCUGGUAAGAGUCAAGUGAGUCAAAAACUUACCUCUGACUUGUUUCUGAUAUGCUAAUAACUCCUUUGUAUUGUAAUGUACUCCUACCACACAUAAAUCACUUAUUAAUCUUUUAUCA